AUAUUCAUUCAUUCGCUUCACUGUUUCACAUUCAGUCAUUUUGAAAGGAAAAGGCGUGCGUUCCGGCCGGUGUGCUAGCUCAAAAUAGAUUUAUCGUAAUUUAAGACGAUAAUAUAUAAAGUUUUAAAUAAAUCUCGAGUAAUUUUAUUACAUACAAAAGAUGGCAGAACAGGGUUUCUUAAAACAAAAACCUGGUUUCGCGACUCUCGCUAUUCACCACGCUCAAGAACCCGAAAAAUGGAGUUCGUCUGCUGUUGUUGUACCCAUCGUCACAUCGACAACGUUUAAACAGCCGGCCCCUGCUGAACAUACGGGGUUUGAGUACGGUAGGUCAGGAAACCCAACGCGGAACGUCCUUGAAGAGUGCCUAGCCGCUCUAGAUGGCGGAAAGCACGGCUUCACCUUUGCCUCGGGCCUGGGAGCUACGACCACACUUUUGGGCCUGCUUAAAUCGGGAGACCACAUAAUUUCUGGCGACGAUGUAUACGGUGGCACCAACAGAUUAUUCAGAAGCGUAGCAGCCGCAAUGAAUAUAGAAACAACAUUCGCUGAUUUCACAAAGCCUGAAGAAGUUGAUAAGGCAGUUAAGGAAAACACAAAGAUGGUGUGGUUAGAAACCCCAACGAACCCCAACCUGAAGAUCGCGGACAUAGCCACCGUAGUCAAAGCCGUGAAGAGGCACGGAGAGCACAUCCUGGUAGUCGUGGACAACACCUUCCUGACUCCAUACCUCCAGAGGCCGUUGGACUUCGGUGCUGAUGUAGUCGUCUAUUCCCUCACGAAGUACAUGAACGGGCACUCUGACGUCAUCAUGGGGGCCGCGGUUGUAAAUAAUGAUGAGCUCGCAGCGAGACUCCGAUUCCUACAAAACGCAAUGGGCGUGGUGCCGUCUCCGUUCGACUGCUACCAAGUGAACCGCAGUUUGAAGACCCUGGCCCUCCGCAUGGAACAGCAUAAGAAGUCGGCCCAAAUCAUCGCUGAGUGGCUGGAGAAGCACCCGAAGGUCACGGAAGUUAUGCAUCCAGGUCUAAAAUCUCACCCACAACACGAGCUAGCGAAGAAACAGAUGUCGGGCCAUUCUGGAGUGUUCAGCUUCAAGCACUCGGGCGGUCUGCAGGAGUCCAGGAAGUUCCUCCAGAGCUUGAAGGUGUUCACGCUGGCCGAGAGCUUGGGCGGGUACGAGAGUUUGGCGGAGCUACCGUCAGUGAUGACGCACGCGUCCGUGCCGGCGGCGCAGCGCGCCGAGCUGGGCAUCACGGACGCGCUCGUGCGCCUCUCCGUGGGGCUCGAGGACACCGACGACCUCAUCCGCGACCUCCACCACGCCUUCACUCUUAGCUUCUGAUCAUACCACAUACGACCGAAAACACGGUACGAGGUUCCAGUGUUCAACACGCUAUUAACGUAACACACGUAAAUAUACACCAUGUCCACGAGGAACCUGGAAGAUUUUAACAGUGUAUUUCUGAUCACAUUUAAAGACUAAAAUGUCAUAUAAACUUUUCUGGAAUUCGCCUAGUUUCAGAGUUAACACCUUUUUAUUGUUACUUAGUGUAAAACGCCUUUUUGAAAAUGACAAUUAACACUAUGCAAAAACUAGGUUCUAGGAAAAAAUAAUUAAAUUCAAGUGUCAGUUUACAUGGUUAAAAAAUUUCGGGUUCCUCGCGAAUACCGUGUCACGUUAUAUUAUCAAAAUUACACGCAUCUUGAAAUACGACACACGCCUUUGAUAAGUAAAUGUAAGUUUGGUAAAUAAAUCGUAUUCCUUAAAGGGGUCCACUGAUUACCGCUUCGCCGGACGAUGUCGGUUUGUCAAUUAUUCUCGAUUGUCAGCUUUUGCGAAUAACUGACAGGCCGAUAUCGUCCGGCGGACUGGUAAUCAGUGGGCCCCUGAUGAAUGCGAUAUGUUAUGACAUACUUUAUCUUUUAAUUUUAAUUUUUGACCUGAAUGUAAACAGUUUUAUUAGAUAAUCGCCUAGUAAUUAGUAACUGCGGCCUACAGUAUGUGGCAUAGGUACAAUCUACGUCCAAGAUUUGUUUCCACUUUUACACCUUACCUCUUUGUAAUAAGGCGAAAAAAUGUAAACAUAUCUUUGACGUGGACAGUACGUUUGAUGUAUCGCCCAAAAUCGUAUGAGAAACUCUCACCAUGUAAAUUGAUCCUAAAACUGCAAUUCUGAACAGUGUUCUUUAUUUCUUGCGGCACCAGAGGGCCUCGCUAAGUGUACCUUGACCACAUGAAAUUUAGGCCUUGCCCCGCCACAGCUAAUUGGUCAUUUCAUGGUUAUUACUUAUUAUCUAUAAGGGUCGGUUGCAUCAAACCGUCUAUCACCGUUAAAGCGUUCGCUAAAUUUUAUUGUAUGGCAAGUUUCAUACUUGACUACUGAGCGAGUUUGAUCAGUCCACUGAAUGCGGUUGGUGCAACUGGCCUUAAGUACCUAUUUAAGAAACCGGAUUCUGAAAUUCAUUCUAAACGUUUCACUGUCACUGAUCUUAUCGGUUUAAUAAGGGUAAUCUCAUUUUAAGUAAUUUUUAUAUAUUUGGUACACCCAUAAAAACACGUAAAAAAGAAAUUUGUAAUCGCCUCCCGUUUGAUACCUUGUCAGAUGAUAGUUUAGAUGCUAUAGUGAAUUAAAAAAUCGUCAGCCGGUUGUAUCGCGGUGGAAAGAACGUCAGCUGGUCGCAUGAAAAUGUCAAAAAUAAGUGCUUUACCUUUUUAUCAUAGUGUUAACAAAAUCAUGAAACUUUGCAUGUAGCAUUCCAUUAUACAUUACGCAUACUUUCCGGACAUAUGUGGUAAGGCUCGUAUUUUUAACAUGUUACUGGCUGACGGUUUUACCACCGCAAUACAACCGGCUGACUAUUUUUUAAAUAUCUGAUAAAGUAUCAGUCGGGAGGCGAUGACUGACGAUAUAUGCUCCUGGUCCCCGGUCUAUCAAUGGUAUUAUCUAUUAUUAGCAUCAAACGAGAUAAUUUGGCUGUAUACGAAGUUGUCAGACACAAUGUGAUAUUACUAAUUUUUAUUCCUACAUCACGUAUAUUUUAAUAUUCUAUUAGAACGAACGAAGUAUUUAUUGUUUAUGGCACAGCCACUUUUAAAUGUAUUUAUUUUAUUAUCUCCCCGUCUGUUGUAGGUCUGAUAUAUUUAGAUAAAAUUAUUGACGAUAAUGUUACGACGUCUCGUUAUCUUGUCCUAUAAUCGGUCAUAUUUUAUGUCAUGAUUAAAAUAUCCCAUAAGUCGUUUGUUUAUUGCACAAUGUAUUGAAAUUAACUAAUAUUAGGGAAAAUAUACCUUAGCUUCACAUAAUAAGUAUUAUAAUAUAAUUGAACCCAAAACGAAAUAAUUAAAGGAAAAGGGCUAAGUUUCCUCGAGAAUGAGACAAACUACUUUUUACAAUAUUUUCUUGAGUUAUAACGCCACUAAAUAUUUUAGUUCAUAUCCGUGAAUUUAAUAAUUUUAACUUGUAUUAAGGAUGCUUGCCUACCAUUCAAAAACUUACGAGAUUAUUGAAUGAGCGAAAUCACUGCAUCCUGUUGUAACAAAAAGCCAGUCAAAGACGACGUAUCAUUCAAUCUAAACCCAUUUACAUUCCGUGUAGGACUACAAACUACAAUAGAAGCUAUAUUAGCAUAAGUCAAGUGAGGCUAAUGAUAAUUUAGUGCACGAGGUUAAUUUCUUUUUUCAAAUGAUUAAAUCACAAGUAAAUUUCCUUUGAAAUAUCUUGAAAUAGGCUGUUUGAUGGUUAACUAAUAUAGUACCAAGUUUUUAGGUGAGAUAUCUUGUUCCUACCAGGAAAAAUAAUAACUUAAGAAAGAUGUAAAGGUAGAUAAGUAAAUAUUAACCGGAAAUUGCAUUCCUAUAUGUAACCCUACCUCAUCUAGUGGAAAAUGUUAUACUUAUUGGGAAGAUUUUUGUAUAUCAAAAAAUGCAUAUUUUAUUGACAUUUUGUAAUCAUGUAAUGUGUUAAUACUGCAGCAAUAUAAUUGUUCGCAUUUUAAUUAUUUCACUACUUAAGUUGUUUGAAUUAUUGUUACAAGUUACAUUAAGUUUAAGAUUUAUUUUAUUAUUAAUCUUAUAUGUUUAUUAAUAUUUUUUAUUGACCGGGAUACGAAAUGUGUGAAUAUGAUGUGAUUAAAAUGAAAUGAUCUGCUUUUUAAAA